AUGCUGUUCUGGAUGUUUGUAUUCAAAAAAAUGAAAACCCUGGCAGAGAGGAGGAGGAGCGCCCCAUCUCUAGUCCUGGAUAAAGCCCUGCAGAAGAGGCCGAGCACCAAGGACAGUCCCUCAGCCGGCAUCGACACGUGUGCAUUCCUGUCAUCCUUCCUGUGCUCCAACAGGACUCUGCUGAUUGAUGGCCAGGUGGAACUCAAAAGAGGCCUGCAGAGGCAGGAGCGCCACCUCUUCCUAUUCAACGAUCUGUUCGUGGCGACCAAAAUCAAAUACAACAAUAACUUUAAGAUAAAAAAUAAAAUAAAAUUGACUGACAUGUGGACAGCUAGCUGUGUGGAUGAAGUGGGAGAAGGCCACACUAAUGCCACCAAGUCCUUUGUCCUGGGCUGGCCCACGGUGAACUUUGUGGCUACUUUCAGUUGUCCGGAACAAAAGGACACGUGGCUCACUCUGCUUCAGAGAUACAUCAAUCUAGAGAAAGAGAAGGACUACCCGAAGAGCAUUCCCCUCAAAAUCUUCACCAAGGACAUUGGGAAUUGUGCCUAUUCCAAAACUAUAACAGUAAUGAAUUCAGAUACAGCGAGUGAAGUCAUCAACAUGUCAUUACAAAUGCUAGGGAUAACCGGCUCUGAGAAAGAUUACCAGUUAUGGGUUAAUUCUGGAAAAGAAGCCGCACCAUACCCACUCAUUGGGCAUGAAUUCCCCUAUGGAAUUAAAAUGAGCCACCUUCGAGACACCGCACUCUUGACACGGGGAUCCGGGGACUCCGGCACGCCUCCAAACCUCCAAGAACCCUUCCUCAUUGAACACCUUCCUCGAGACAUGCAGUGCCAGUUCAUCCUCAAGCCCAGCCGCCUGGCGCUAGGCCAGCAACUGAGUGACUCGGGUCAGAAGACAUAUCGAAGGAGAAGGUCUAUCAUCAACUGGGCCUUCUGGCGGGGCUCCAGCACUCACCUGGACAACUUGCCCAUGUCACCAACGUUGCCCAUGCCAGGACAGCUCUUUGGAGUUCCUCUGCCAGACAUCUGUGAGAACGAAAAUCUGCCCAAACCUAUCUUGGCCAUGCUCUGCUUUCUGAACCACAAAGGCCCGCUCACGAAAGGCAUCUUCAGGCAGUCUGCCAACGUGAAAUCUUGCAGAGAGCUAAAGGAGAAACUGAAUUCUGGAGUUGAAGUCAACCUCGACUGCGAGUCUGUCUUUGUGAUAGCAUCUGUCUUGAAGGAUUUUCUACGAAACAUUCCGGGAAGUAUUUUUUCAUCAGAUCUCUAUGGUCACUGGGUCUGUGUAAUGGAUCAAGGAAAUGAUGAAGAGAAGAUAAAUGUAAUUCAAAGGCUAUUAGACCAACUUCCCAGAGCCAACGUGGUCUUCCUAAGGUAUCUGUUUGGGGUGCUGUACAACAUUCACCGACAUUGUUCAGCUAAUCAGAUGACUGCCUUUAACCUAGCAGUGUGUAUCGCUCCGAGCAUCCUUUGGCCUCCUACUUCCUCCAGCCCAACACUCGAAAACGAAUUUACAAAGAAGGUUUCUCUGCUUAUACAAUUUCUGAUAGAAAAUGCCUGUAGGAUAUUUGGAGAAGAAAUCACUUCCCUCUUAGGAGAGGUUUCGGUGAGCUGUGACUCAAGAGAGACUGCGUCAGAUACAUCCUGCUUCCAAAUGAAUGACUCCUCCUACGACAGCUUGGAAAACGAGUUGAACGAGGACAUCGAUGCCCCGGGCCGCGAUCUCAUCAAAAAACUUGGCCAAGGGAGCAGAAGUAUGGACUCGGUCUUAACCCUCAGCGACUACGAUCUUGACCAGCCCGAGGUCGAAGGCCUGUUGACCCUCAACGAUUUUGAUCUGGAGCACCCCAAAGAGGAAGACAUUCAGCUGCCACCGUCCCUCGAGUCCAAGCUAGUGAACGUUCUUGUAACGUACAGGGAGGUAUCCCUGGGUGAGCAUGCCGGGGACCCCCCUGACACCUGCAUGCCCACUUCCCAGUCCGUGGGGACACCCCAUGCCCCCAAAGCCCCCCGGCGACACCGGCGCUGCUCCGAGCCGACCAUCCACUACCUGGAUUCAAAACUUUCCUAUCUCAGGGAGUUUUACCAGAAGAAGAUGCGCAAGUCCAGCUGCGAUGUGGUGCUGUCUCAGAAGGACGAAGACUCUCUGAAGCAGAAUCACCAGCCCCUGCAUGACAUGGGGCGGACGCGUUGGAAACACAGCUCGGUCACGGGCACGGAUGAUGGCAAGAAAAACGCCCCUCAGCAAAACCCCAGAAAGAAACACACCCCCGCGCCCCAGGGACAUCAUGCGGGGAAAUUCCCCAAGUCCAAACCAGUGGCGAUUUCUGUGGCCUCCCUUAGUCACGUGACCUUCCAGGACCCUGGUGGCCAUCAACCCUUCGGGACGGAGGCAGAAGGCUACUGUCCAGCAGGUGCCCGCCAGAGUUCCCUGAUGCGCAGGCGCAGCUCAGAACCCAACAUCGAUGACCAGAACUGCCAGCUGACCUAUCUCAGGGGGAUUUACUCCAAGCAACUGCACGAAAGCAGCUGCCAGGAGGGUCUCUUGCUCGGCGAGGAGGAUUAUCUCCAGCGGCAUAAGUCUUUACAGAUGGAGGGGCAAAAACUGAUUAACCAGAGUUUGGUCUUGGGGAUUGAGGUGGGCAAGACCAGCGCCACCAGUCAGGCCACUGAGAAGGUGUUGCCUCCCAGACUCAACCUCUGCCCCAGGGCUAGCUACUCCAGCUUAUCUUCCCCGGGCACCUCCCCCUCGGGGUCCUCGGUGAGCUCCCAGGACAGUGCAUUUUCACAGAUUUCCGAACACUCCGUGUUCACACCCACAGACACUUCCUCUCCCAUCGAUUGCACUUUCCAGGCUCCAGGCAAACAGGAUGAGCUUUCUUCUGAAGACUUUCUGGGCUCCGGCCUCCUUUCGGGAGUGCCCGGUCCUUCUACAGAGCCGGCCAGCAGCCAUCUGGCGUCGACAAGAAAGGACAUCUUCGAGUGGCACUCCCAGAGGCACUGUGUGACGCUGCACCCCAGCAUGUGGCUGAGGAGUGGCUUAGCCAGUUUGAAAAACUGGUCCCUCAAAAAGAAAGUCAAGACCGCCAGGCCCGAGGAAAAGAAAAUCGGUUCCCUCAAAGAACUGUCAGAGUCCCUGCCCCAGGCUUCUGAUGUCCCCGAAGCCAGCGCUGUCCCACAGAGACCAGAAGACACACCCCUAAGGGCAGCUGAAGAACUGGCCACGGCUGCCGUGCAACCAAGCCAGUGGUAUGCUUCUUAUCCCUGUCAGGACUCGGAGAAUCUCUGCGACUCUCCAUUUCCCCUGGGGGAGAGCAGACCCAGUGAGGGAGAAGAGGACCAAGGGCGGUGCCCUUCUGAUCCUCGGCCUCAGGAAGGCGCUUCAUCCUGCUUGGUGGCUUCAGAUCCCAUGGCCAGCCCCGAUGACCACCGCCCAGGCUCUACAGUGCUUGGUGGUGAUGGGGACAGACAUUUAACCAAAGACAUUUAA